GGAGGUUGGGUCAGGCAAUGGCAGCCUCAGUGUACCGCCGACUGUGCUAGUGAAUGGUCAUGGCUAAGGCGGCUCUUCUCUUGGUGACCUUGCUUCUGGCUGGGUUCGCAUGGGCCCAGGAAUCACGAGGUCACCCCCGGCCCAACGACCAGAAGAACGACCCACCUGCACAGGCCGUCCACGACCCAGCUGUAGAUGACGACGAAGAUGAAUACACAGGGUCCCCUUCCAGGCACCAACCCACGGUGACCCGACAGUCGCUGUUCCCUGACGACGACGAGAGCUACGAGUUGUCCGACUCUGUGUCACGACCUCUGGUACGACGAAGGCCAGGGGCGAGGCGUCGACGACCGCUGGACCCCGAGAGACGACGGCUGUUGCUGCUGAGACGACAACAACUGGGUCUGCCCAUCAGGAAGAGAAUCAGGACUCGCCCCCAAUAUCCGGAGGACCAGUCAGUGCUAUUUACGCCUCCCUCCAUCCCUCAGGUGGAGGAGACGCCACAGUUAGUCACCACUGAGAAACCCGCACCUACGUAUUCCUUCCCCACCACCUCCUCCGAGCCCACCGUCUUCACCUCCACCUCCACCAGUACCUCUAUGUCCACCUCCAGUAUAUCAUCUUCCACUAGCACCACCUCCAGAUCAUCAUUCCCGUCCUUCACUGCUGCCUCGAAGCUCAGAGAACGCUACAAGAAAAUUCGAGGAGGCUGGGGCAUGAAGACGAACAUUAAGGACGAAGAAUCAAAAAGUACCGAGGACGAGUCUGUAGAGCUCGAAUCUACUCCGCUGAGCACCAGAGGCUUGACGGCACGAAGGAGAGGCGUAGCCAGAGUCUUAAAUCGACCAUUGCCACGGAGACUGACACCCAUACCCGUGCCAUCGCCCACGACAACGCCCGCACCCACGGAGGCCCCUCAGCGAGACAAAAGACUCCGCUACCGACCAGUCCUCACUCGGAAGAAGUCUACAUUGAAGGCAAAGUCCACCACCGUCACGCCUUAUACCACCUCUCGAAUCCCAACCUAUGAACGCGAACCACCCUCGUAUGAACCUGACUCACCUGUCUAUAAACCUAAACCAUCGCGUUACGAACAUGAUUAUGAACCCGAACCCGAACCACCAUCCUAUAACCAUGAUAAACUUGGCUAUGAACCUGAAUCGCCAGUGUAUGAAGAUGAUUCACCCAGUUAUAAUCCCCGACCAAACCUCUACGAACCCAAGGCUUCAGAAUCGCCCGUCAGCGAACAAUAUGAAUCCGAGCCAUAUUACUUCGAGACCGAACCUUCCGCGUUUGAGCAGGUGACCGAGGCCAAGUACACACCGGUGCCCAAGAAAGUGGUUCUAGAUCCACUGACCACAACACCUCACAGCAGCAUUGAAGUGAUUUAUGCUCCCCAGGAUGAAGACUAUGAUUCAUUUGAGCAAGUGUAUGAUCCACAAGCGCCGGUGUAUGAUCCACGAUACCCAGUGUAUGAUCCACGAGACCCAGUGUACACCUCGUUACCUGUCUACACCACAGAACCAGCUUAUGAUCAUGACCCUGUUCGUACCACAGAUCAAGUAUAUGACCAGGAGCCGGUCUAUGCCUCUGAUUUUAGAUAUGCUCCCAAGUCAGUCUACGCUUCAGGUCCAGUCUAUGCUCCAGAACCAGCGUAUGAUGAGGAACCAGUCUAUGCUCCAGAACCAGCGUAUGAUGAGAAACCAGUCUAUGCUCCAGAACCAGCGUAUGAUGAGGAACCAGUCUAUGCUCCAGAACCAGCGUAUGAUGAGGAACCAGUCUAUGCUCCAGAACCAGCGUAUGAUGAGGAACCAGUCUAUGCUCCAGAACCAGCGUAUGAUGAGGACAGCCAGGAGUAUCUAGAUGAUGACUAUGAGGACAAGCCUGGGAUUUUUGACCAGUAUAAGUACGGCUACAACGUGGAAUCUAAGGAUACCGGCAACUACCAUGCUCGCUACGAAGCCAGGGAUGGUCGCACCGUCAGCGGGUCUUAUAAGGUGGCGCUGCCUGACGGUCGAGUGCAGGUGGUGACCUACGUGGCCGACGACAAGGGCUUCAGGGCAGAGGUCAACUACGAGGGCGAGGAGAACACGCCCACGCCUCCUGAGCCCCCCGCGCCCACACCACCGGUCAGGAAAUCAGGGCCGAGUGUUGUGGGUCCAGUGCCGCGCCCCUCACCCCACCACCCCACUCACCCAGGCCCCCGCGACACUGGCUACUUCUCCACCCAAAAUCCAAACGUGCCUCAAGUCCCUGACCAUCCCCCUACACGGCCCCGCCUUCUCCCACACCCAACCACCCACCACUCCAGCCGUGAGCGACCCCACGCUUCCCCAGCCGACCAGAAGCUACAUUUCCAUGAGCACGUAGCCACCGUCUCCCCCAACCCAUUCAGGCUGGUUGUAGAGCGUGGGCGAGCCUCAACCUUGGCCCCUCCUCCCCACACCACUACCCUCCCCACCUACACCCCGACACAUGAAAUAGUGCAGCAACCUACUACCACGUCAGCCCCACUCACCACCACUCCCUACCCGCCCGUGACUAACGCCCACAUGACAGACAAUGGAUUCAGGAGCACAGCGACGUCCAAGAUCAAACCUUCCUUCUCCCACAAUAACAACAAUAACUACCACGCGCCAUCCUCCUCCCACGUCCCCAUCUCCUCCCACACUCCUAAUUCUCAACACAGCCCUACCUCUCCACGCACCCCCACCACCACUAAGGCUACGAACGCCCACACCAUUACACCCCCACAUACCACCUUCCAGAAUCCCACGCCAGCACCUGUACUCUCGUCGACCCCUGUGUACCAAUAUAACAGUGAGGACCAGCCCGCCUCCCACACUACCCUCUACAGCCCUGAUAGUGAUUCUGUUGCCUACCUCCAUACCUUGGGUAGGUCCCACGUGGUGCCUGUCUUGCUACCCUAUACAUCCCGCCCAACCCACCACUCACGCACACAGAAACAUGCCCCCGCCCACCUAUAUCCACGACAUGAGACUCCCACCCACCUACGGCAAAACGUGCUUCCAGCGCCGCCCAGGACCUACUUCCUGAACCAGAGGUCUCGUACCAACCUCGCCCACGACGUGCAGGAACAACAUGACGGUGACAGUGUGGAGAUCUUGAGGGGGGACGACCAUCGACCGCGACUCAGCCUCAAGAUCCCAGCACCGCACGAGACAGAUAUCUACCCAUCACCUCCCCCACUCUACCACUUCUGACCUCGUCCUUCUACAAACUGUAUUUUUCAGUUUAGAAAGUAAUCAUAAGUGGGUUUGUUAUUUUGUAAGCUCACAACACGUAAGGAGUUUGUUGUAAGCUUAGUAUACUUUCUUCCUAAGUUUAUAAUAUUUAGGGUUUGCUGUGUUGAAAACUAUUUACUUGUGGGCUUUGUUGUGAGGUCAGUACAGAGUUUAAAGCAGUGACAGAAUGUUGAGUCGCGAGUCUCAAUACUGAAGGAAUUCAAAUCUCCAGUAGAAGUAAGUGCCCACAUCGUCGACACCAAUUUUCCUUUUUUUCCCCAUACAUUUAUCUCGUACUCACCAACCUUCAGCUAAGAGUUAACUGCACUGUAUGUAUGCAGGGACGGAUACAAGAUAUAUAAAGUGGUGCAGUGUACCGAAAACAGUUAGGUGAUUGUCCUCGAAGAUAAAGAGUCCAUUUACAAUUUUGGAGUCAUCUGAGGUUUGAGACUUGUAUAUGUUCUCGUUGUUUUCAUUCAUAACAUAUUCACUCCAUGUUAGCAGUAACAGAAAGUGAUUUACUUUUGAAUUUAAAGAGAAUGGGAGCACUUCCCGUGAAGGCACACUGCAUGGAGGACACCUUUGUAUCCCAUUUUGGUAGUACCAAAUUUUUACCUCCUCCAGAAAGACGAGACGCUUUCUCAUCGCCCUUGCAUCCGUUACUGAUAUGAAAUUUUCAACAAUAAGAAUAUGCCAUAUAACUCGAUCCCUGUUGGGAAUUGUGUAAGUCUGCUCAUUAGAUAUCGUCACUUGUCAAUAUUAAACAUGUUUCCGAAGAUUCUCUCCAGUCCUUGACGUUAAAGGGCCAUCCUGUGUGUGUUACCAUUGACUAUACUAGUACCCUCCAUAUACUAUAUUGCGGUUCCUUCAAUGUUUAGUAAAUGUUGUUCUUUGUCCCCAUGGAUGAUGUUAGACAUUUAGCAAAAACAAUAUUAUGAAUGUCUUGAAUGAUAUUUAAAUGGCUGUCUCUUGAACUUACAGUUAUACACAACUCGUUUCUACGGGAUUUUAUGACCUCUCAUCUGCUGAAAGUCGCUUGUGUACAAAUUGAUCUAGUUAUUAUUCUAUACGGUAAUCAUUGCUUUUAACUUUAUCAAACAUUUAUCUUUCGUUGCUUUUGUAUUUCAUGACUAGUUUACUACUUGUACAUGUGACGACAAAAAGAUUUGUCGUUCGUUAUUUUUGUAUAAGAAAAAUAAAACAAAUAUUUUUAAAA